ACUUAUUAUAUCUAACUACUGUAGAUAUGCUUCCACCGAUGGAUUCGCUGUGCUUAGCGGCGAUGGGGCUAUUGCCGUUGCUAGCCUUCGUCGUCCUUGUGUCCAUCACCAAGCCCAAGAGCAAGGUCAUGUGCGGUGGUGCCACGCAGCUCCCUCCGGGCCCUGCAUUCUCGUGGCCCCUGGUGGGCAACCUGCCGGAGAUGAUGCUCAACAGGCCGGCGUUCCGAUGGAUACACUUGAUGAUGCAGGAAAUGGGCACCGACAUCGCCUGCAUCCGCCUCGGCCGCAUAUUUGUCAUCCCCAUCACCUGCCCGAAGAUCGCCCGCGAGGUACUCAAGAAGCAGGACGCCAACUUCGCCUCCCGCCCGCUCACCUUUGCCUCAUCGGCAUUUAGCGGCGGGUACAAGAACGCCGUGCUGUCCCCAUUCGGCGACCAGUGGAAGAAGAUGCGCCGCGUACUCACCUCCGAAAUCAUCUGCCCCUCCCGGCACCGGUGGCUCCACAACCAGCGUGCCCAAGAGGCCGACAACCUCACAAGCUACGUCUACACGCUCGCCACCGCGCCGUCCUCUGCCGUUAACGUGAGACACGUUGCAAGGCAUUACUGUGGUAACGUCAUCCGGCGGCUCGUCUUCGGCCGGCGGUACUUCGGCGAGCCUCGGCCAGAUGGCGGCUCGGGCACGAUGGAGGUGGAGCACAUGGACGCUGUGUUCACCUCGCUAGGUCUCCUCUAUGCGUUCUGCAUCUCUGACUACCUACCAUGGCUGCGCGGCAUCGGCCUCGACCUGGACGGACACGAGAAGAUUGUGAUGGAGGCCAAUGCGACGGUGAACCGGCUGCACGACACGGUCAUUGAUGAGAGGUGGAGGCAAUGGAAGUCCGGCCAGAGGGAGGAGGUCGAGGACUUUCUUGAUGUGCUCAUCACGCUCAAGGACGCAGCGGGGAACCCUCUUCUCACCAUCGAGGAGGUGAAAGCACAGUCGCAGGACAUAAUAUUUGCCGCCGUUGACAACCCAUCAAACGCAGUGGAGUGGGCGCUGGCGGAGAUGUCCAACAUUCCCGAGGUGAUGCGGAAGGCGGUGGAGGAAAUCGACCAGGUGGUGGGCCGAGAGCGGCUUGUCCAGGAGUCAGACAUCCUGCACCUCCCCUAUCUCAAGGCGUGCAUUCGUGAGGCAUUCCGGCUGCACCCUGUCGCACCCUUCAAUGUGCCACACGUCGCGCUUGCUGACAGCAACGUUGCCGGUUACCGUGUGCCCAAGGGCAGCCAUGUCAUCCUCAGCCGUAUGGGACUCGGACGGAACCCAGCUGUCUGGGACGAGCCGCUACGCUUCAAGCCAGAGCGUCAUAUUAAUACAACAGCCGACAAUGAUGUGACUCUCACGGAGAAUGAGUUGCGGUUCAUCUCCUUCAGCACUGGCCGCCGUGGGUGCGUGGCGGCGUCACUUGGCACGGCCAUGUGCGUAAUGCUCUUUGGACGGCUACUGCAGGGAUUCACGUGGACCAAGCCAACGGGUGUAGCAGCUGUCGAUCUCAGUGAGUCGGAGCACGAUUUAUUCCUAGCCAAACCGCUUGUGCUAUACGCCGAACCUCGCCUGAUGGGACAUCUCUACGCCGCUGGCCAUUGUUGAACAAGUUAAUAUGUUGCUGCCAAUAACGAGCUAUAUUUACGUGGCUCUUCCGUUACACAAUUUUUAAUUUUUGUUAUCCUUUCUGCUUAGUCGAUUUCUAUCUCUGUGUGAGUUGUACCACGAAUUUAUGCAUGUAUUUUGGGGGUCUUUCUCGUUCCUGCAAGAUAGGGGCAGUUGCUCUCCUACUCAAAAAGGCAUAUUAUAUAUUUAUAUAUAUUUGGGAUAUGGGCACCAUAUUGUAUACCUAAAUUCUUGAAUAAUAAAGAGGA